AUGGUGGCUAAGAUAUAUGGACAGAGGCUACGCACCGGACCGGACCAUCGUACUUGUGCCGGAAGGAGAACUCAAACCGUUAGAAAACCAAAGCGAUACGUCUCCUCCAAUUCCAUUGGAACUGGAUCUACUUGGGCCGCAAAAUAUACCGCGGGCAUAUCCCACACGCUCCCCCCUCUUCGCUCUCCCUUCGUCCCCUCUCGCCGCGGGACACACCAGAUCGCCAACCCCGACCUCACCCCCACGUCAAUGGCGGCCGCCCUGGCGAGCCGCGUGGAGUCGUGGGUGCGGGACCAGGCGGCGCGGCUGCAGCCCUGGGCGGCGGCGGCGCUGCCACAGGCGCCGCGAUGGCCCUGGCCCCCGCCGCGGCCCGCCUGGCCGUGGCCCGGGGACCGCAGGCGCCAGCGGGAGCGCAUGUUCCGGGAGGAGUACGAGCGCCGGAGCCGACAGCUCCGCGAGCUCUGCCGCGCCGUCCGCGUCGACACCGUCGCCGAGCUCCAGGAGUUGCUCUGCGCCAUGGUCCUCGCCGAGUGCGUCUACAAGAGACCUGUUUCUGAGAUGAUGAGAUAUAUCAACAAGUUUAAGUCUGAUUUUGGUGGAAACAUUGUGUCCCUAGAGCGUGUUCAACCAUCCUUGGAUCAUGUACCACAUCGGUAUCUGUUAGCAGAGGCUGGUGACACCCUAUUUGCUACAUUUAUUGGCACAAAGCAGUACAAAGAUAUUAUUGCUGAUGUGAAUAUACUCCAAGGGACCUUAUUUCAUGAAGAUACUGCUCAGGAUUUGGCUCCUGAUGUUGACCCUGAACAAAAUGAUACCCAAAAGGGUGAGGAAAACCAUGGGAAAUCUUACCGAGAAACAUCAAAGAAGCUAAGAAAAUCAAAACCUGCAGUGCACCGAGGUUUCUUGGCUCGUGCUAAUGGAAUUCCAGCACUGGACCUAUACAAUCUUGCACAGAAAAGGAACAGGAAACUUGUUCUUUGUGGACACUCACUUGGUGGGGCGGUUGCUGCAUUGGCUACACUAGCAAUCUUGAGAGUUAUUGCUACCACUCCAUCUAAAGAGGAUAACAGGCUUCAUGUGAAGUGCAUCACCUUCUCUCAGCCACCUGUUGGGAAUGCUGCUUUGAGAGAUUAUGUUCACAAAAGAGGAUGGCAAGACUACUUCAAAUCCUACUGUAUUCCAGAAGACUUGGUACCACGCAUUCUAUCUCCAGCUUACUUUCACCACUACAAUGCCCAAACACCUGAAGCAUCUUUUAUAAAUAAAACUGGUGUGAAAUCUGAAGAAACUAUGGAGGCAAGUGCGGAAAGGCCCAAAGGGAACAAUGGAGAGCAACUCGUUCUAGGCGUUGGUCCAGUGCAAAAGUCACUUUGGAGGCUUUCAAAACUUGUUCCCUUGGAAGGGGUGCGGAAAAGCUUAAGUGUAAUUCAAAAACAAACAAAUGUUUUUGGGAAAGCACCAUCACAAUUGGAUAGUUAUUUGCAAUCAAAGGUUGAUGAAUCAGAAGAAUCACCUCAAUCUCUUGAGAUUCAAGAAAGUUCACAAGGAAUUGCUCUUACUCCUUUAUCUGAUAAAGAUGGAGGGAACGCUGAAGAUAAUAAUAGGACUAAGAAAAUAAAUGCAUCUGAAGCAGGGGGUUCUAAACGCUGGAGCAGGGUACCUUCUUUGCCUUCAUAUGUGCCAUUUGGUGAGCUUUACCUAUUGGGAGAUUCAUCUGUCAAUACACUUUCAGAUUCAGAAUACUCCAAGAUGACGUCGGUGCAGUCUGUUAUAUCGGAGUUAAGAGAGCGUUUGCAGUCACACUCAAUGAAGUCCUAUAGGGCUAGAUUUCAAAAAAUAUAUGAUUCAUGCAUGUGUGCAAAUGCCCCCAUUUUUACUGGCAUUGAGCAAUUGCCACAAUUUUCACAUCUACAAGAAUUAAUUGGUCUAACAGCUACGGAUUCUGUUGAACUUGGUGAUAUCGUGGACCCUCCUGUUAUCCGAACUGCUACUUCUAUUCUUCCUCUUGGAUGGAAUGGACUCCCUGGUGGUAAAAAUGCUGAGCCCCUGAAAGUUGAUAUAAUUGGGCAUGACCUGCAAAUGUGCACUCUUUUCCAGGCACAGAUAAAUGGAAACUGGUAUUCCACGGUAAUAGAGACUCUACCAUCAGUCACUUCAUUCUCACCAAAUGGAGAACUGCAACCUACAUUACAAAAAAUGCGGAUUCUUGUUGGACAACCACUAAAGCAGCCUCCAAAUUACAUUAGUGAGGCUUUCAUGGUUCCUGUGAUGACAGGUGCCGAUUCAACCCUGGACUUUGGAUUCGAGUCAUUAUUUGAAGAUAAAGAUUGCUGCAAGGGUUUGAGUGGAUUUCUCAUAUAUGGGACAAGUGAUUUUGUAACCGUAUGUAAAAAGGUCUACAUUAGGACUCGGAGAGUGCGAUUGCUUGGAUUAGAGGGGGCAGGCAAAACAUCCCUGCUUAAAGCAAUGUUAGGACAACUUAAAGAAAGAAAUAGCGCUGUUCUUGAAUGCAUACAUGUCGAUUUGCAUGGCAAGGGAAUAUCAAGUGGAUUGUGCUACAUAGAUUCUACAACAGUAAACUUGCAGGAGCUACCUUUGGAGGUUGGGCGGUUCAAAGAAGAACUGUCGUUAGGACUCCAUGAUAUCAGCAGGAAGACUGACCUUGUUAUUGCUGUGCAUAACCUAGCACACCGAAUUCCACAGUAUCAACAGUCCAAUAAUUCUCGGCCUCAGCCUGCUCUUUCACUUCUCUUGGAUGAAGCCAAGGCGCUAAGCAUUCCUUGGAUUCUUGCAAUAACCAACAAAUUCUCUGUUAGUGCGCAUGAGCAGAACGCAUUGAUCAGCUCAGCUAUGGAAGCAUAUCAAGCUUCUCCUGAUAUGACAAAAGUUGUUAACUCUUCCCCAUUUCUGAUGCCAAGUGCUAGAAACAGUUUGCAGCGGAUCAGAUCAGCUACUGGGAAUUUGGGGAACAAGGAUCCAGAAAGCAGAUCUGCUUAUCUUCCUGUAAACUUUGCACUGUCACCAUUUCAGAGGAAGGACAUUGUUAUGCAUGUGGAGGGUGUUAGUGCCCUCCGUCAACUUGUACAUCAAGUAGUCCUCAGCAAUGAAGAACAAGCAUUUGAGGAGCUCGCUCGUGAGAGAUUGGUGCAGGAACUGGCGAGAGAGAAAGCGGCCUCCUUGCAGAUGAAGCAGAAGACCCCGAAAAGAGAUGGCUCUGUUACAGCUGCUGCUGUAGGUGCAUCUCUGGGCGCGGGCCUGGGAAUUGUAAUGGCUGUGAUAAUGGGGGCAGCAUCAGCCCUUCGAAAGCCGUGA